AUGUUGAUGAUUUCUUCAUCAAUUCCACAUCGAAUUCGUGAAAAACUUUUCACAAUCGAUCACAAGAAAUUAUCAUUGUCAAGUCGCCAUUUUUUGAUGGAAUUACACUACGAAAUGAAUAGAUAUAGAAUUAAUAAAAAUGACAUCGAACAUGUCACUAAAAUGCUAGAAGAAGUGAAGCAAAAAGUUAAAAUAUAUUUAUAUGUUUUUUCUAAUUCGUUGAUUGAUAAAAAGUAUGAAUAUGAAAGUGCAUUGAACUACUCUAUGUCAUGUCAUGAUUUAAAAUUGAUGUAUGAUUACGCAUUCGAAUGGAAUCCUCUUUCAUUCGAAAUCUUGGAUUCUUACAGAGAUUUUUUAGAAAAAAUUUCAGGUGAUGUCAUUUUGUCAGAUUUAUUGAACAAAAAAGCAAUUUUUCUCAAUAAUUCUUUGAUACAAACUAACGACCAAAAACCAAAAAUUAAGUCAAAAAGUGAAAAAUUACAAAAAAGUGACAAACCACAAAACAAUUUUGACUUUGAAUUUACAGAACGUCUUAAGAUCCAAAAGUUGUUAGAUAAGGUUUCGCAUUUCACAUUUAAGAUAACAACACUUUUUGUUUUAAUUUUAUUUUUUAAGUUUUUGUUUCCAUAUUACAAUUACAAUGAUUUCAUUACAAAGAAAUUUCUUCCUCCCAUGGAAUACUUUAAUAUGACACAUUCUCCAUCUUUCUUUAAGAUUUCAUUCCUUUCAUGGUUCAUUUCUAAAUAUUUUGAACAAUACGGACAAAAAUCAACUCCUGUUAAGAUUGUUAAUAACUUUGGGGGUUUGAAUAAUAUGAUUAUUUAUUUAUCGAAUUUAAAUUGUUACACAGACAAGAAACCAAUUUUUGAUUACUCACUUGAAAAAACAAUUGAAUUGAAAACAAAUUUUUAUACAAUUUUUUCAGAGAAUUCUUUAUCAUUAUCAUCUAAAGCGAAUAACUUCGAAAAUUUAGCACGAAUCGAACAUCGUUUGCAUGAAAUCUUUGAUGACAUGGAAGUACUUAUUGAUCGAUAUGAAAUGUGUGCAAAAGAUAUGAGAUCAAAAUCAAUUUUUUCACAAAUCAAAACUGAAUUUUUUAUUUCACUUAUUUUGUUAAUUAUUUUCAGUUAUAUAGUAUUAGUUUCUAAUAAGAAAGAGAUCAUGAAAGCUAUUGAAGUUUUCUCAGGAAUAGAAAUGAGUACAUUAGAAGAAUUUCGAUCUAAAUUAUUUAUCCAAUUUAAUCAAAACAGUUUUGGAUAUCCAAGUCAAGAAAUUGACAAUGAUGGAGCCCUUGAUUUGGAAGAGAUUGAAGAGAAUGAUAAUAAUAAUCUUAAUCAAAAUUUUGAUUUGUCUGAUCUUUCCGGAAAACCGAAAUUUUUUUGUCUAACAUUGACAUGGGAAAUCCAUUUACAUUCAUUACCAUGGUUUGGAUUUUGUUUUUCAUUCGAUAUGUUGUUGUUGUUAUGA